AUGGUUGCAGCCGAACGUGCGACGUUGCUGGAGUCGGUAUCGCCAUCGUCCAGCGACGACGACGAUACCGAUGCGACGGAUGCGUCCACAUCUGCGCCUCGCGUCGCGGUGAUGGUGCGCAAGCGCCCGCUGUUUGAACGCGAGACCACCAGGGGCAAGCAGGUCGAUGUCGUCACCGCGCUUCCCAUGGGCCGACUGGCGGUCCACGAGCCGAAGACCUCCGUUGACUGCUCCAAGCGGGUGGAGUCCUCCGUGUUCGAAUUCGACGAUUCGUUCGGUGAGGACGCCACCAACGACGACGUGUACGUCAGGGCCGUCGCACCGCUCGUUCGGUUGUGCAUCUCCGGCGCUGAAGAGGGAGCCAACGCGACUUGCUUCGCGUACGGUCAGACGGGCUCCGGCAAGACGCACACGAUGUCCGCGUGCUACGAACAGACCGCGAGGGACUUGGCGGCGGGAUGCGAGACGAACGGGCUGAGCAUGAGGGUCAGUUUCUACGACAUAUACGGGGGCAAGUGCUACGACCUGCUCAGCGACAGGGCGCCCUGCCAGGCUCUGGAGGAUGCGCGGGGGCGGACCAAGAUUGUCGGGCUUCGCGAGGUGACGGCGCUCGACGCCACCGAGGUCCUCUCGCUCGUGGAGCGCGGGAUGCGAUGCAGGAAGACGAGCAGGACGGACGGUAACGCGACGAGUUCACGCUCGCACGCGGUGUUCCAGGUCACGCUCAAAUCGAAGCUGCCGGGGGAGGAAGGGGUCAAGAGGAUGCCCUCGAGGCUCGCGCUGGUCGACCUGGCGGGGUCCGAGCGAGGCGCCGACAGGGGUAAGCUGGUGGACCAACGGAUCAGGCGGGAGGGCGCCGAGAUCAACAAAUCGCUGCUCGCUCUCAAGGAAUGCAUCCGCGCGCUGUCCGUCGGGUGCGGCAGGGUGCCGUUCCGAGGGAGCAAGCUCACGCAGGUGCUCAGGGACGCGUUCAUCGGGAAGAACAGCAAGACGGUGCUCCUGGCGCAUGUCUCCCCCGGGCACGGCCACGCGGAGCACACGCUGAACACGCUGAGGUACGCCAUCAGGCUCAAGGAUGGCUCGGACGGGUCGACGCCG